AUCCCAGCAGGCCUUGCAGGGUGACUCAGGCGUCAUCUCUGUGACGUGUAACACCCUCGCCGGGUGGGGCUGGCGCGGUGAGGGCGUCCGUUUUACUCUCUGUGAGGAAAGUGAGGCGGUGAGGGAGGAGAGGCUGAGAAGGAGGCCGGGACUGGAAAAGGACUGCGGUAGAACCGACCGGGGACGUGAGGGGUGGGCCUUUACGGGCGGCGGCAGGGGCAGCAUUCCCUGCGAGACGGUUAGUUAUCUAGGCUCGCGGCCGUCAGUUAACUAGGCCGCAGCAGUCAUGGCGGUCGACUUUGGGGACCACGCCAGCGGGUUCCGCCACACCGAGGUGAUCAGGUUCAUCAACGACGAAGUCCUCGUGAACGGCGGUGGGCCGGAUUUCUACGCGGCCUUGCGCUCGCGGCCCUGGGACGAGGUAGAGGAGCGGCUUCGCACGGUCCUGGCCGACCCGCAGGUGCCGCGCGCCAUGAAGAGGGCCUGUGCGUGGAGCGCGCUCGCCUUGAGCGUGCGCGUGGGAGCCAGGCAGCGGGAGCAGCAGGAGCGCCAGGUCUCGCGGCUGCAGAACCAAGUAGACGAGCGCGAGACGACUACCUGGGCCCUGGCCUCCGAGCUGCAGCGGCUGCGCGGGGAGCGCGAGUCGGCGGUCACACAGCUGCGCUCCACACAGGCCGCCCUGCGGCAGACUCUGGUCGAGUGUGACGUGCUUCGUGGGCGGCUGCUCCAGGUGGAGAGGGCCUCCCGGGUCGUGCCGCUGGCCCUCGAGAGAGUGCCUGGGCCUCCGGCCGAGCCACUUGGGGCCAUAGCAUGGCCCCGGAAUGCAGAUGUGGUGGCCAGGGAGCUGCGCAGCAGGCUGUAUUUUGAGGCCCGGGUGCCGGCCCCGGUGGCUGUCCUUUACGUGCCGGGACCCCCGAGUCCCUGGGCUCAGGCCGUACAGCCCGCUCUGCCAGUGCCCGUGCGGUACUUGCUUCCGUUCCGUGCCCCGUUCCCCGUGGGAUUCCCCGUCUCGCCACCUCUGCCGCCAGUAGUAGUCAUGGAUGCAGAAGCUGCAGUAGUUCCACAUCAGAUGCCUCCUCUGGGGAUCGGGCCACCUGGUCCACGUGCUGCAGUGGGCUACCAAGAGGGGAUGGUCCCACGGUGGGACCAGAGGAGCUGCAGCCAGGCGGAAGGUCCUGCGAUCCUCCAGAGUGCAGUCCCCCUGAGGGACAUCAGAAGCCUUAGCCAAGAAGGUCGGCAGAGGCCUCAGGGGAUGGUUCCUGUCAGAGAUAGCUGGAGCCAGAGCCAGAGCCAGGAAGAAGAUCCAGAGAACACCCAAGAAGUGGUCCCCCUUGGGGAUAGCUGGAGCCACAGCCAGCAAGAAGAUCCAGAGAGAGCCCAGGGGACGGUUCCUAUCGGGGAGAGCAGGAGCCACAACCAGGAGGAAGGUCCAGAGAGGGCCCAGGGGGUGGUUCCUGCUGGGGAGAGCCGGAGCCAGAGCCAGGAAGAAGGUCCAGAGUGGGCCAAAGGAAUGGCCACCCUUGGGGAUGGCUGGAGCCAGAGCCAGGAAGACCGUGCAAAGAGGGCCUGGGAGAUGGUUCCCGUCGGGGAGAGCUGGAGCCAUAGCCAGCAAGAAGAUCAAGAGGUGCUCCGGGGGGUGGUCCCCCUUGGGGAGAGCUGGACCCAGAGUCAGCGAGAAGGUCCAGAGAACCCCCAAGGAAUGGUCACCCUUUGGAGUAGCUGGAGCCAGAGCCGGGAAGAAGGUCCAGGGUGGGCCCAAGGAAUGGUUCCUGUUGGGGAUAGCUGGAGCCACAGCCAAGAAGAAGAUCGAGAGAUGCCCCAGGGGGUGGUACUUCUUAGGGAUAGUUGGAGCCUCAGCCAGGAGGAUGUUCUAGAGAGGCCUCAGGGGAUGGUCUCCUUUGGGGAUAUCUGGAGCCAGAGCCGGAAAGAGGGUUUGGAGAGGCCUUGGGGGGUGGUACUCCUUAAAGAUAACCAGGGCCAGAGCCAGGAAGAAGGUCCAGAGAAUCCUCAGGAGAUGGUUCCCUUUGGGGAUAGUUGGAGUCUCAGCCAGGAAGAAGGGCCAGCAAAGGCCCAGGGGAUGGUCCCCUUUGGGGGUAUCUGGGGCCUCAGCCAGGAAGAAGGUUCGGGGCGAUCCCAGGAGAUGGUUACCUUUGGUGCCAGCAGGAUGAGUAGCCGGGAAGAAGAUCCAGAGAGGCCCCAGGAGAUGGGGGCCAGUGGGAGACACAACCAGGAAGAAGAUCCAAAGAGGCCUCAAGUGAUGGUGCCCCUGGGGGCCAGCAGGGACCACAGCCAGGAAGAAGGUCCAAAAAGACCCCAAGGGAUGGCCCCCCUUGUUGCCAGCAGAAGCAGUAGCCACGAAGAAGAUCCAGAGAGGCCUCAGGAGAUGCUCUCCUUGGGGGCCAGCGGGAACUACAGCCAAGAAGAAGGUCCAAGAAGACCCCAGGGGACGGGGGACAGAAGACGCCAUAGCCAGCAAGAAAGUCCAAAGAGGUACCCCCCGGGGUUUAGGAGGAGCCACAGCCUGGAAGAAAGUCUACAGAGGCCCCAGGCGACCCCCCAGGGGGACAGCUGGAGCUGUGGUGUGAGGGAAAGCCCAAUGAAACAGCAGCCUCAGGGGCAGAAGGCCAAGCAACCAGAAGGGAAAAAAGCUCUGGGUUUCCUGCACCAGGAGAAGUCUGCCUCAGGCUGCGGCCCCGAGAGUUGGGAGUGCCCAUGGUGUAAAGCCAUGAAUUUUUCAUGGCGCAAGGCCUGCUAUAAGUGCAAGGAAGGCUGUGUGGAAGUUGAGAGUGGAGGCCCGGACCCAGGACCAACUCACUGAUUUGCGAAAGGUAAGUAAGAAUGAAAACGAAAGAAAAGACCAAUUUCAUAAGCCCAAAGAAAAACCAAUUUCAUAAGACCCUCUUCUGACCAAAAAGUAACUUAUUUACCUCACAGAAAAUUUGCAAACCAAAAUUAGUGUAGAGAGAAUUAAAACAAUCCAUUAUUCUAUUACCCAAAGUAACAACCUUUUAUCAUUGUGGGUACUACGUACACACAUAAAUGCAAAUGUAUUUAUAUACUUUUUAAAAUUUACUUGAACAAAGACUGCUUUUGAGUAUCAUAUUCUUUAAAAAGGAACUUCUCUUGAUUGCACUGACAUUCACAGGUGGUGGAUUCUGAAUGGCUGGUGCCGAUUGGUGGACAUCCUGGAGAAGCUGAAGUCUUGGAGCCUUGCCCCGCCCUCCCCUCCACUCUCUUCUGUUUUCUUAUUCACAUCCUUUUUUUUGAAAGUGCUGUGUCUUUGGCUGGGAACAGCCAUGUCUUUUUCGAGUUAUAACUAUACUGAGUUUCAGGAGCACUGCUUUUCCUUGGAAAUGCUGUUGUUCCUUUGUACAUGGCUACAGUGUUCAUGUUUGCUCCUGGUUUUUAUUUUAUAGGUGAGGGCCUGUUUUUGUGUCUCUGAGCCCCACAGAAAUUGUUUGUUGCUGAAGAAGCUGAACCUGUCCCAUUAGAAGAUCUUCUAAGAGUUUAAAGAAAUCACACUUGAUUCCUGCUGACCUGCACCUCAUCGAGACCCCCGUUGGCUGGAGCGGAGAGGAGUGAGAGGAAGUCGGGGAAGAGGAGAUGCUUCGGCGCUCCUUAAGGCGGAAAGGAGGGCAAAAUGAUUUUGUUAGAAUUUAAUUUUUCUGUUGGGACAAGGAAUUAAUUUGGAAGAGUUGGGGGGUGUUGUGGUGUUAAAUUCUGUAAGUGAUAGCAAAUUUGAUAGAUAACAUUUAAUUCAUUACACAAAUCGUUAUUGUCUGGUAUGUGUUAAGAGCUAGACUUAUAUGUUACUAUCUGGUGCACACAUUAUAACUUGAUUUGAUGAGUUUGGUUAGAUACCAGGAGAGAGCCCAACUUGGGAUACAAAUUACAUGAGGACUUCUUUGCGUUGCAUAGAGCGUGGCUUUCAGGUGAGACAAGUGAGCAGCGGCCAAGAUCAGGAAAGUGGCUUCAUGAAAGUAUGGGCAGGACAUUUCUGAUAACUGUGCUGGUUUCUUCCUUUGAGAGGAACAGCUAUCCUUCUGGUUGCCUGAAAGACGGCUGAGUCACUUAGAGAAAGACAGUGCCUGAGGGAGUGUCGGCUACACACUCAAGCCCUCAGCUUUGGGCCACCGCCAUCCCAAGCCCCUUUCCAGUCAAGAGUGGAUGAAGAACAAAAUGGAUUCCGAGGGCAGACAUCGUGCCAUGGACGGUGCUUCUCUCGGGAAGGCUCACUGGAUUAAAAAAGAACUGCAUCAACAUUUUUGGGAGCGCCCCUGGGCCCCUUCUCUUCCAUUGGCUGUCCGCUCCCCGGGGGUGGGAAGUUCGAGGGUCUCCAGUCUGAACAAAAGGUGUUCUUGAGUUCCCCCGGGGAAAUCCCGGCCCACCAAGCUCAAACUCUUGUCAGAGGUUUCUGAUCGUAACAAUAA